AUGAGCAAUGAAGAAAAAAAAGAUUAUAUUCAACAGCGCACAACUGUGUUACUUGAUGACAAGAAUAUCUUAGAAUAUGCCCUUCACAGUUAUGACCCUGACAGGGGGAAAACCCUCAUUUAUUCAGCACCCGCCUUCCUUGACCUACAUGAGGAUUUCUGGUUUGGUUGCAACUCACCAUUCCUCAAUCCACAGUCAAGAGCACUAGUCUCACACAUCUCAUGGUUUAUGUAUGCACUAAUGGGUGCUGCAAUUAUGUGUGUCAUUCAUUGUGCAUUGGAAGGUCAACUAUCAAAGAUCAAAAAUGUACUCCAAUUUACUAUGGAGGAUAAUUCAGGGGUCACAGAAGGAAUUUGCCAAGCCAUGAUGGAAUAUGUGGCUAAACCCAAGCUAGAUGAGUAUGAGUUUUUGCCCCACAUGCAGGCUCACCAUGGCAAAUGCUUACAAAAACUAUGA